AUGAAGUAUUUCCUGGGGAUUGAGAUAUGCAGAUCAAAGGAGUGUUUGUUCAUGUCUCAAAGGAAGUAUGCAAUGGAUAUGCUGAAGGAAACUGAUGUGCUUGGAGGAAAGAUAGCUAAGACACCUCUUGAGGAGGGGUAUAAGGUCUUGUGUGAGGGGGAGGUUGAAGAGAACCAGUUGUUUGAGGAUGCUAAGCUGUAUAGGAGGAUGGUUGGAAAGCUGAUCUACUUGACGAUUACAAGACCUGAUAUAUGCUUUGCAGUGAAUCAAGUGAGCCAGCAUAUGCAGGGACCAAAGGUUCAUCAUUGGAAGAUGGUUGAUAGGAUACUGAGGUAUUUGAGUGGCACGUCUGGUCAAGGAGUUUGGAUGGGUUGUAAUGGCAGUACAGAAGUGGUUGGAUAUUGUGAUGCUGAUUGGGCAGGAGAUAGAGUGGACAGCUCGUUACCUGAGCUGAGUAACUCCUUAACCGCGCAUGAUGGUACGGCCUGA